UCAAGCAUGCCUAGAAAAUGAAUCUAAACCGCCGUCCGCUCAAUCUUAGCGGUGGAUGACCAGAGGGUUUAACCCUAACCCGCAGAAUUUUCCCUCCCUUCACUCUCCUUCUCCCAUUGUCCCUUCCCAAUUUUCAAUUCCACUAAACCAUUCUUCUUCAAAAACCCCAUUCAAACGUGUAUCUCUUUUUUUUUUUCUUUCGUUUCUCUUCCUCAAUCUCAAUGGCUAGAGGUCCAAUUUCAUCAAUUUUCUACUUAUGCACCAGAAACAGAAAAACCCUUUCAAAGUUCAAAGCUUUUAUCUUCAAUCACACGCAUGUUCAUUCUUCAACUUCUCAAUUUCACCACCCUUUUCGCCCUUUUUCGACCCAUUUGUUAAACCCUCGUUUUGUUCCUAGUUUCUCUCAAAGUUUGAAUCUUUCUAGUGGUAAAAUCCUCUCCACGAGACCUUUUUCGACAGGACGCGAGGAGGGCGGUUCAGAAUUAGACGCUGGUUUAGCUAAAAAUAUUGAUUAUAAGCUUGGCAAUGAGGUCAGUAAUGAUAUUUAUGCUUUUUCUGAAAAUGGGGUUGUUUCCUAUGAUGAUAAUGAUGAUUUCAAUUCAGAGGUUGUUGAUUCGGUAGAAUGUAGUAGUAGUAGUAAUAGUAGGAAUUAUAGUAGCGAUGACGAUGAGUUAGAGAAGAAGAGUGAGGUUGAUUUUACUCAAGUGGCGUCGCGUGACCCUAUUGAAUUGUAUGGUGAGCUUAAGAGUGUAGAAAGGGGUGCAAGGUUGGUUAGAGCUGAGGUGGAAGUGUUAACAGAUGUGUUUCAUUAUUUUGCCAAAUCAGGUUGGGCUUCUAAUCAGGCACUUGCGAUUUACAUUGGUUUGUCGUUUUUCCCGACUGCUGCGCACAAGUUUCAGAACUUUUUCAGGAAGAGAUGUGCCGAUGAUGUUGCGAGGUACUUGAUUUCGCUUGGACCGUGUGAUGAGGCUGUGAGGUUUUUGUUUCCUAUAUUUGUGGAGUUUUGUUUGGAGAAUUUUACGGAAGAGAUUAAGAGUUUUAGGGAAAUGGUUAAGUCGGCGGACCUCACGAAACCGCAUACAUGGUUUCCUUUUGCGAGGGCAAUGAAACGGAAGAUAAUUUAUCACUGCGGGCCUACCAAUAGUGGUAAAACUUAUAACGCUUUGCAAAGAUUUAUGGAGGCGAAGAAAGGGAUUUAUUGUAGUCCACUUAGAUUGUUGGCUAUGGAAGUGUUUGACAAGGUUAAUGCAAAGGGUGUUUAUUGCAGUAUGUUAACCGGUCAAGAGAAGAAGUUUGUCCCGUUUUCAAAUCAUGUUGCGUGUACUGUGGAAAUGGCUUCAACGCAGGAAUUGUAUGAUGUGGCUAUUGUUGAUGAGAUUCAGAUGAUGGCGGAUCCGUGUAGAGGGUAUGCAUGGACUAGGGCGCUCCUUGGGUUGAAGGCCGACGAGAUACAUUUAUGCGGUGAUCCUAGUGUUUUGGAUAUUGUUCGAAAGAUCUGUCAAGAUACAGGAGAUGAGUUGCAAGUGCAACAUUAUGAGAGGUUCAAACCAUUGGUGGUCGAAGCCAAGACCCUACUUGGAAAUCUUGAAAAUAUUAAGUCUGGCGAUUGCGUUGUUGCAUUCUCAAGGAGAGAGAUAUUUGAAGUUAAAUUAGCCAUCGAGAAACUCACUAACCACCGAUGUUGUGUGAUAUAUGGAGCUUUGCCACCAGAAACUCGUAGGCAGCAGGCUAAUUUGUUUAACGACCCGAAUAAUGAAUAUGAUGUUCUUGUAGCUAGUGAUGCAGUGGGGAUGGGCCUGAACCUUAACAUUAGAAGGGUGGUUUUUAAUAACCUUUCAAAGUACAACGGUGACAAAAUUCUUCCGGUUCCAGCAUCGCAGGUUAAGCAAAUCGCAGGAAGAGCUGGUCGAAGAGGAUGCCUUUAUCCCGAUGGACUUGCCACUACCUUGCAUUUAGAUGAUUUGGAUUACUUGAUCGAGUGUCUGAAACAACCCUUUGAUCAUGUAACGAGGGUUGGCCUUUUUCCUUUUUACGAGCAAGUUGAAUUGUUUGCCGGACAAAUCUCUAACAUGACAUUCAGCCAGCUUUUAGAAAAAUUUGGCGAAAAUUGCCGUUUGGACGGGUCGUACUUCUUGUGUCGACAUGAUCAUAUAAAGAAAAUUGCUAAUAUGUUAGAGAGGAUUCAAGGGUUAUCUUUAGAAGAUCGAUUUAACUUUUGUUUUGCUCCUAUAAAUGUUAGAGACCCAAAAGCUAUGUACCACUUGGUUAGAUUUGCUACAGCGUUCGCUCAGAAGGUCCCCGUAAACAUAGCUAUGGGCAUGCCAAAAUCUUCGGCACGGAAUGAUUCGGAACUCCUAGACCUAGAGAGUAGGCAUCAAGUGUUAUCUUCAUAUAUGUGGUUAUCAAACCACUUUGAUGAGGAAAAGUUUCCAUUUGCAAAGAGAGCUGAGGCAAUGGCUUCAGAAAUUGCUGUCUUACUUAGUCAAUCGCUUGUCAAAGCAAAUUGGAAACCUGAGUCAAGGGGCCGACGGAAACCGGAUGGUGGAAAAAGUGAAGAGCAAACAGAGCCAAGAAGUGAAGUUGGUUUAAAAACCGAAAAAAUAGAUCAUAGUUAUUCAAGACCACAAUCUCUAAUUAAAUUAUAUGACCAGAAACGGCAUGAAAAAUCGUUACACUCUGAUCGUUUAAAGAAGAUAAUUGCAUAAUAUGAUGACUUUGGAGGUCAUAAUCAACAACCACUUCAUUAUAACAACUUAUACCAAAGUUGAUUCUCAUAAAUUCGUUGUACUCUUUUAGCCAAAACUGAGCUAGACAAUGUUGGGAAUGCAUGAAAAAAGGAGGGAAAAUGACAACUUUAGGAAUGAGGAUAUUGAUAUUCAUAGAAGAUAGAAUAAAGGAAAAGAAGAAAAAAGACAAGUAGGAAUAGGGUAUUUUCCAUCCUGUUUAAUUUUUAGAUAAACAACAUUAAGGCAUUGUUAUGGUGCCAUGAUCUGUUCCAAAUGUAGACUAGGAAUUUUAUUGUAGGCCUAAUUAAAGUUAUUAUUAUUAUUAUUUAAUUAUGAUUUGGUAGCUAAAGAGGCUUGUUGCCUUGAGAAAUGAGGGGUGGUUAGGACCUAGAAUAGUAUGCAUUCAUCUCAAAUACAGAAUGCUUUCUCUCAAUAGAAAAUGUAUGACAUUUGUAUCACUUAUACGUUUGAGUGUUUCUUUCUUUCCCAAUCUUCUGAAA